AAUAGACCAAAACAUUAAUUAAAACCGACCAUUUAAUUGCUCCAAAACGAGUUUAAAACCGUUAAAAACACGGAAUAUCAGGUAUGACCAAGUUCGCUACACCAAGACGUGCAGACUCAUUAAUUGAUCAUAUACUACAAUGAUUAGCUAAACGUGCGUGCAUGUCUUUUAAGAAAACAUAUACAAAAACGUUACACACGAAAGAACCUCCAAAACAACCAAAGAAGAAAAACAUGCCUGUCUCCAUCUCAAAGAGACGACCAAGAACAUCCAAAAAAACAGAAACCGAGAAACCCGAGGCAUCACUUAAAGAUCCUCGUACCGGCUGUAAUAGCAUAUGUUCGGUGUUCUCUAGUUCAAUUCUCUAUCGUGUUCCUCUCACGAUUCUCUUUCUCUUCUUUAUCUAUCUUUGGUCAACUUCCACCACCGUUAUCUCCGGUAACGUCGUUCGCAUUUGCAUCUCUUCGCGUAAGCUCAACGAUCUUUACUGUCUCACCGCCGGUACUCAGCCCGGUUUACAUGUACCCGUCAGUAAUUUCACUAAACCGGUGAUCAGAAGUGAAGAAGAAAAGAGUGUUGUUGUUCUUGGUGAAAGUGGAGAAAGAAACUCAUCCAACUUCACAGUCGGAGCAAGCCCCAACGUCAUAAAGAAUGAAACUUCCACCGGAGAAAGAGGUUCCGGUCUCGAUCAAGAUUCUAAACCAAUAAAUGAGAAGAGUAUUGAUUCGUUUCUUGUUGAUUGGGAUUCAGAGACCGGAGAAGAGCGAUAUCGAUAUAUCAACUCCAAGGAUGAAGACGAAGAGACUGCUCUCAAGGCCGUGGACAAGUAUCUUAAAAUACAAAGAUCUUGGCUAUCAACGGGGAACAGCCGCAAUAAACAAGCAUCUUGCGAAGGAAAAGGUAUCUACGUUUAUGAUCUACCGUCUAAAUUCAACAAAGACUUGUUGGGAGAAUGCUCGGACAUGGUUCCAUGGGCCAACUUUUGUAGCUACUUCAAGAACGAUGCGCUCGGUGAAUCUAUCGAGAGUCUCGGUAAAGGUUGGUUUAGAACGCAUCAGUAUUCUCUUGAGCCGAUCUUUCAUUCUCGUGUUUUGAAGCAUCCAUGUAGGGUUUACGACGAGAACCUAGCCAAGCUCUUCUAUGUACCCUUUUAUGGUGGUAUCGAUGUUUUGAGAUGGCAUUUCAAGAACGUUUCAGAGGAUAUAAAGGAUGUUUUAGCCAUUGAGGUUGUUAAGUGGCUCGGAUCGAAACAGACUUGGAGGAAAAACUCGGGGAAAGAUCAUGUGUUCGUUCUAGGAAAGAUCUCUUGGGAUUUUAGGAGGAAAAACAAGUUUUCUUGGGGCUCAAGUUUACUUGAGAUGGAAGAAAUGAAAAACCCUACGAAGCUUCUCAUCGAACGUAAUCCCUGGGAAGUCAACGACAUUGCUAUACCUCAUCCAACGUUCUUCCACCCGAAAACCGACGAUGAUAUCUCAAACUGGCAAAACAAGAUCAUCCAGAAACAUCGGCGGAGCCUAAUCAGCUUCGCCGGUGGAGCAAGACCCGGUAACCCUGAUAGCAUCCGGUCAACAUUGAUAGACCAAUGCAGAUCAUCUCCAGACCAAUGCCGGUUCUUGAACUGUACCAGCGGAGGGUGUGAUAAACCGGAGUCGGUUAUAGAGCUUUUCCAAGAUUCGGAGUUUUGUCUUCAGCCACCAGGAGACAGUCCGACAAGAAAAUCGGUUUUUGAUUCCCUUGUAGCCGGUUGUAUUCCGGUUAUCUUUGAUCCGUACACGGCGUAUUAUCAGUACACGUGGCAUUUACCGGAGGAUCACCGGACAUACUCGGUGUAUAUAAACAAAGAGGAGUUGAAGGCAAAGAAAGUGAAUGUGAUUAAUGAGUUGAUGGCAAUGAGUCUAAGGGAAAGAGAGGAUAUGAGAAGUUACAUUGUUCAUGAGCUUUUGCCUGGCUUAGUCUAUGGUGAUCCUAAUGGUAAGUUUGAGAGGUUCCGAGAUGGUUUUGAUAUUACUAUUGAUAGUUUGCUCCGUAUGAUUUCAAAAAAUUUGUAAGUUGAUUUUAUAUGAAUCUAACUAUCAUUUUCAACUGUAAUUUGUUUAUCUGAAUAUUGUUAAGAAUCUCAAAAUAUAAUGUGAUCUCAUGAUUUUGCAAAAUAAUUAAAACCUGUUUUUAAAAUGCCUCGUGCAUGCCUGGUGGUGACUUGUGAGUAGAUAGGUUCGUAGGAUAAAUUAUUAAAUAGCAUAUUUAGAGAUAAUGGCCGGUGUUGUUCCGUCUGACUAAAUGGCCUGUGUUGAUAAAUGUAUUUUUGGAUCAACAACUUCUCAGCAAUGACAUUGACAUUGGUUUGAAUUGGUUCUGCUUUUGUUUCACAAAUCCGAACUGGUUCCUCUAACAACUAAGCCGGUUAUCUAGAUAAACAAGCAAUGCAUUGGUACAAAGCUUUUAACCUCAGACGAGAUUAUACCACAUAUACAAAUAAUGAAGUCUAGCAACACGCUGAAACAUUAAUUUAGAUCCAUGGCAACCUGACGUACAUUAUUGUUUUUUUCAACCACAAUGGGAUGAAUCACUCUACCGAAACGAUUCACCUCUUAGACCUCCUAAAUUCUACCACUAAGUAACAAGACUACAGCGCUAUUCCUAAGAUGAACUACAACAUAUGACUCGGAGCAGCUGGUACCACAAGAUGAGGGACUGACAUAUGACUCAGACUGAGUAAAACCUAACCAGGUCCUUGUUCUAACCAAAACCC